AUGUCGACGAGAUUGAUAGCAAAGGUUCUAUCUGUUGUUGGAAUACUUCAGGAUGAAGUGGAUUCUAUGGUUUCUGUUAUGAAAGUUGAAAAGGCUCCUUUGGAGUCUUAUGUUGAUAUUGGUGGUUUAGAUGCUCAAAUCCAAGAAAUUAAAGAAGUUGUUGAACUUCCACUUACUCAUCCUGAGUUAUAUGAGGAUAUUGGAAUUAGGCCUCCUAAGGGACUUGCAGGCUUCGAAAUGGAAGUGGUUAAAAUAGAAUAUGCUGGUCAUGAAAGAGAACUUGUUUCCACUGUAGAAAUCAACACCUACCCUGAUGCUUACUAUCUUACUGCUGAAAAUGUCUCAGGAAUAGUAUGUGUUGGAAGAGAUGGCAUUGUAAAUGAGCUCCUCAUUAUUCUACUGUUUGAAGUUGCCAACCUCCUGUUGAAUCUGCCUUCUUUGGCCAAUGAUCUGUUACAAUGA